AUGGAGGCCGUCAAAGCCUUUAACAAUGAGCUGUACUCAUUGAACGAGUACAAGCCGCCAAUCUCCAAGGCCAAGAUGACCCAGAUCACCAAGUCUGGAAUCAAAGCUAUAAAAUUCUACAAGCAUGUUGUCCAGAGUGUAGAGAAGUUUGUUCAAAAGUGCAAACCCGAAUACAAGGUCCCUGGGCUGUACGUCAUCGACUCAAUUGUCAGACAGUCACGGCAUCAGUUUGGCACAGAGAAGGAUGUUUUUGCCCCACGCUUCAGCAAGAAUAUCAUCACAACGUUCCAGCACCUCUACCGCUGCCCUUCAGAUGAUAAGAGUAAGAUAGUGCGAGUCCUGAACCUGUGGCAAAAGAAUGCGGUCUUCAAGAGUGACAUCAUCCAGCCUCUGUUGGACAUGGCAGCAGGGAUUGCCCCUCCCAGCAUCACACCUGUAAUGCCCAGUGCUGCUCCAGUCAAUAACACUACACCUGGCACCCCAGCUACUCCGGCUACCCCAGCUAACAUAGUCCAGGGUCUGCCUGAUUGGGCUUCCCAGAUUACCAACACAGACACUGUGGCUGCUGUGGCACAGAUCCUACAGAGUCCCCAGGGACAACAGCUGCAGCAGCUGGUACAGAGUCUACAAAUGCAGCAGCAGAAGCCCCAGCCAUCCCUGCUGCAGGCCUUGGAUGCUGGCCUGGUGGUGCAGUUGCAAGCUCUGACAGCUCAACUCACUGCGGCCGCGACUGCCAACAGCCUCAACCCCCUGGAGCAGAGGGUCUCCUCUUUUAAUAAGAAGCUUCUGGGUCCUUUUGAUUUUGGGAAUGAUUCUGAACGUGGUGAAGAAUCCAAAAAGGACUCCUCAUCUCAACUGCCCAUGGUGUCAGAGCCCAUCAACAGCUCCAUCUUCCAUCAGCUGGCUGAGCAGCUACAACAGCAGAACCUGGAACAGUUUCAGAAGCAGCUUUUAGAGCACCAGCAGCACCAACAGAAGGCAAUGAGCAUGGAAGGGCAGGACUCAAUCUUUGGGCAAGAGAACUCGACUGCUCAGAGCAGCAGCCAGUCACAGCUUCCUGAGCAAGAUAACAAGGUGGAUGACUCCAUGGACAACCAACAGCAGGACAUGGAUCUAGAUGAGGGCCUGGACGGUAUGGAGGAGGAGAUCUUUGAGGCAGAGGAGAAGAAGAAUGUAAGCACCCGCUCCAGAACACGCUCAAGGUCACGCUCUAGGUCUCCCAAAAGGAGAAGGUCCAGGUCCCGCUCUGGGUCACGGAAACGGAAACACCGCAAGCGAUCACGCUCACGCUCCCGAGACCGCAAGAGGAAGUCAUCACGAUCUUACUCAAGUGAAAGACGCGCCCGAGAACGAGAGAAGGAGCGGCAGAAGAAAGGACUGCCUCCCAUACGAUCCAAGACUCUAAGUGUGUGCAGCACCACUCUGUGGGUGGGCCAGGUGGACAAAAAGGCCACUCAGCAAGACCUCACCAACUUAUUUGAAGAGUUUGGCCAGAUUGAGUCUAUCAAUAUGAUCCCUCCCAGAGGCUGUGCCUACAUCUGUAUGGUCCACAGACAGGAUGCGUACCGCGCCCGCCAGAAACUCAGCACUGGCUCUUUUAAGAUUGGCUCAAAAAUCAUCAAGAUUGCAUGGGCUCUGAACAAGGGGGUAAAGCAGGAGUACAAGCAGUUUUGGGAUGUGGACCUAGGCGUCACUUACAUACCUUGGGAGAAGGUGAAGCUGGAUGACCUGGAUGACUUUGCUGAGGGAGGAAUCAUUGACCAGGAGACUGUUAAUGAUGAGUGGGAAGCAGCAAAGAAUGUGGAGCCAGCCAAGGAAGUUACAAGUCAACCAGUAAGCACUGAGACUACAGCAGCAUCCAACACCCAGACUGAGAGCUACAACCAGCAGGUCACCAUGAUGCCUGUACAGCUUCCAGUGGCCCAGGCUGUUCCAAAUGCAGUAGGUUUGGUGCCUCCUACCUUCCCUGUUACCAUGGGCAUACCCCCACCAGGCUACGGACCACCACCACCCUUUAUAAGGGCUGGAUUCAAUGCCUCACAGCCUCCGCCAGGUUUUAUGCAGGCAGCACAGACAGCAGCCAUGGCCUCCGCAGCAGCUUCUCUAGUGCAGUCUUCAGUGGCAACCAGCCAAGAAGCUGUCAAGGAAUCACCAUUCAGUGCUAUGAUUCCUCCGACCAGCACUAUGCCUGGCGGCUUCAUGGCCGGUGUGUUUAACCCAGUGGGAAUCCAAACUCAUCAAGCCAAUGAGAAAACAUCACAGUCGGCAGAGAGCAUGGAUGCUGCUGCAGAGCUUACACUGCAAGGCAUGCAGAAUGCAGUCCGCAGUGGGAUGGGUCUCCUUGGUAUGCACCCCACAGCUUCGCUCACCCACCAGCUGCAUCAGUCUGGUCUGACUGGGCAGAGAAUGCCUGGCCUGCUACCUCUGGAUGUGCGACCUAACCUCCUGCAACCUGGGGCUGCCGCCCGCUUCCCACUUAUCAUGCAGCAUGGGCCCAUCCAGCAAGCUGCUGGCCUCCUUGAGAGUUCCCUCCAGGCUCAAGCUCGUGCCAGGGCUCCCUUCUCUCAGCUUGACCCCUUUAACAGGGCCCCCAACCUUACCAAUGAAAAUGUAUCCAAGACAGAAGCUAAGUCUCCCUCUGGAGCUGACGAGGGCAAAGACCAGGACUACCGCUUCCCUCCAAUGGAAAAGCCGAGCACAGGCCUGCUGAGGACCCCUCCACCAGAGCAUAGGGAGCCCCUUGGAGGUGGCGGAGGAGCAGGAGGUGGUGGGGGAGGCAGGCCUCCCUUGCUCCAGACGCCAGGGGCUCAGCCAGCCAGAACCAGCCUAGUGGGACGUCUGCAGGCUCUUGCAGGAUUUACUCCUGACAGCCGUUGGAACCAGACCAGAGGUGACUUUGAUGAAAGGGAUGCCAUGCGAGGAGGCCUACAGGCCUCAGGCGGUCCAAAAGGCUUCCAGGAGGAGCGGCCCACACCUGGGCAGAACUUCCCCAGCCGCUUUGAGAGCCGUCCUGGGACAGUAGGAGGAGGAUCAGCAGCAGCAGCAGCUGGAGUUUCGGGCAAUACGGGAGCUGUUGGGGGGCCACAAGCCUGGAACCGAAGUGGUGGUGCCGCAGCCCCCUUUGACAGCGAACUACAUCAAGACCUAGAUGAGCGAAGACGCCCAUGGGACAGGCAAAGAGACCGAGAUGAAAGAGAUUUUGACUUUAGGAGGGAGAUAAAUGGCAACCGCCACAGCCGAGAGAGAGAGCGGGAACGCGAGAGGGAGAGAGACAGGGAGCGAGGCAGAGACCGCCCCAGAGAGCAUGAACGCGACAGAGACCGCGACAAAGAGAGAGACCGCGAGAGGGAACGUGAACGUGGGAGCUGGACACCUCUUCUCCCUCUGCCUACACCUUUGCUUCCAACUCCACCUCUUAAUCCCAAUCUGACCCUGAACCACGGCAAACUGCUUGGACCACUCAAAUUAAACCCCCAGAUUCACCCACGAUUCCAGUCCCCACUCCUGCCUCAAGCUCAGGCCAAACCCUCUCUCUUGGGUCUGAAUCAGCCACUGCCUCAGGUUCAGAAGUCUCCACCUCAAUCACAGAGUGAGGCAGCCGUGCCUGAUCCCCAGUCAGAAAACCCAGCUCUGUCUGAGACACCUCAGGCACAGUCACCACCCUCAGUCCAAUCAUCUGACCUGUCAUCUGACAACAAUGGUCAGAGCUCAUUGAAUGAGGCUCCCACCCAGGCCGUGUCAUCACCACAACCUGAGACCCCUCCACAAACAGAAUCACCAUCUCAGUCCCCGUCCCCAGCCCAGUCCCCCUCCAACACCACUGCUUCUCCAGAAACUGAGGCCCCAAACCAAGCCUCACCGCUGGUUAAGGCCUCAUCCCAGGAUUCACCUGUGGCCUUCACACAAGCUGACAGCCCCCCUGAAGAGACUCACUCUCUGGAGGAGCUGGAAAGCCCACAGAAGGAUGAGGAAGAGUCACAAGAAAGUGCCUCCUCAACCCAACCCCAGUGGGUCAAUGGAUCUGGGAUGGACAAUAACACUGUGGCUGAAUCUACACCUGAGGCCUCUCCUGAGGCCUCUCCUGAGCUCUCUCCUGAGCCCACUGAAGAACCCUCUCCUGAUUCUGUGCUCCCUGAAAGUGAACCGGAGCAGCUUGCUUCUCCUGAGGACGUAGACAAUGAACAGAGUGAGCCCAUGGAGGAAGCUACGAGUCAGCCAGUGGUAGACACUGUCACAGACACUGAGGGGACAUAAUCAUCACUCAGUAGGUAAAAGAUCAUUUUGUAAAGUUGUCUCUUCUUAUCUGUACUCAUUUCAGCAAACCACCACCACAUGGGACAUGGUGAAUACUGGCUCACAUCAGUUAUUGUCUUAUAACCAAUAACAAAUGAUUUUAUCUCAUGAUUUUAUCUCUCACAAAUACCAGUGUACUUAAAUAGAAGGCUCAAUAGCUGAUUUAUUGAUAGACAAUUUUUUUGUGUUUUUAUUUCCUUUUUUAAGUUGUAAUGCCACCCCACCCAUUUUAAUUAAUCUAAACUCGGCGAAUUUUAUUGAAUUGCCUUCCAAAAUGUUUCAAUUGUAUAAGGGGAAAAUGCGCUUUGACCUUCCUAUGGAAGAGAGUAAAACAUCCUGGCUGUUCAACAAUGGAUUGAAUACAGUUACACACAAUACUUGAAAAAGGCAGUUGCUGGCCUCAUUUCUGUCUCCUCUUCUUUUUAAAUGCUGCUGCAAAGUUUUCAGUGAAUGCUUUUGUGGUGUCCUACAAUGCUUUCUGUUUCUACACAGAAAAACUAGCCUGCAUACAGUGAGACCAGUACAACUGCUUAUAAUUGGGGGAAAAAAGGAACAUAUUUUAAAUGAAAACAUGAAAAUGUUGUAUCCCCAAAAGAAAUGUCUGUAAUUUGUUUCCAAUUAUACAGUGAACAUAAACAUAAAAUAACAUGCCAAGGGGAAGAAAAAGAACAGGGGGAUGUUUUCAUGUUGGGUGCAUAUUGUUUUAGUUUGAAAUAAACAUGCUUUGUCUGUUUAAAAAAAAAAAAAAAAAGAAGAAGAAAAAAAAACAUGCUUUAGGACUUUUUUCUGACCCAGGACCAGUGGAAACUAAGACUGCUUUACAGACUCGUAAACAUUGUGUGCUGUCACCUCAGUCGAUUUGAUGUUCUCGUAACUCAAGUUGCUGCUAUACCAUCCAUCCACAGAGCACUUUGUUGGAUGCAACCGUGGAACUUGUAGUUUUUAGUUUCUGAUGACUUCAGCCUGUACGUUUCCCUAAGCUUUUGCUGGGUGACUGUUGAGGAUGGGAUUGUGCCUUUUUGAAUUGAUUUGUUGUUCAUGAUGCUACCCAACACUACUGUGUGAUGUACACCAGACUGUGCGUGCAACUCAGUUUCAGACAGCUCUAUGAACACAAUGCUACCUGCACAGAAUUGACUGGCCUACCGUUUGAAUGGUAGCUGGUUGGGGUGUAACGGCACACACAAGUCACGGUUCGGUAUGUACCUUGUUUUUGGGGUCAUGGUUCGGUAUGUUUUUGGUACAACAAGGGAAAACAAAACCAAUGCAGUAAAUAACGUUUUUUAAUUUAUUUUAAAAAGUAUUAUGAUUCAACAGUGGCUCAUUAAGGCAUUCAAAUACUGGCAUUUUUUUAACAAGAAAAUAUAAAUAACUAAAAUAAAUAAUGAAUCAUGAAUGUGGUAAUGCGCCAUUAUAAGACUCUGACCUGUAAUUCCUGGACUGGGCUGCUGCUUGCGUCUACGACAAAGUACAGUUGUAUAUUUGCAACAAUGAACACUCCAUAGCGUUAGUUAUUACAUUUGCACAGCCAAUAUAGGCAGUGGGGGGGUUGUCUGAGAGCGGUGGGGAGAAGGACUUGCCUUCCAGUGUAUUCACAGACAUACCCAACGCUACAUGAGCAAUGUCGGCAAAGAGUUUCACACAAAUCAAUCUCAUUGAGCUUAAUUAACCCAGCUAACUGGGCUAAGCUGACUAGCAUGCUACAUCUUAUAGACCGCAACUAGUGCACUGCCAAAACUUUCCAGGUAAAAUUUGCACUUCACAAUUUCUGUUCAGCAUGUGCGAGUAGUAGACAGAGACUAUUUUGACGUGUUUGGGUCACAAGACUUACUGAAGCAAUGUUGCAUACCGAACGUUCAGGACGAAUACACAUACCGUUACAGCCCUAGUAGUUGGCCGGUUUGUACAGCACUCAGAGAACAAGUCUAUAUACUCCAUCGUUCUGUGCAUGCUGGCCUAGAGCCAUGUUUUAAUCUUCUUGUUUCCCUUUUGUCAUUUCAUACUUGUAGUGGUUUUCUGUUGAGACAUACUACUAGAAAUCCAUAGUCUGCUGUUCUCUCAGACCAAAUGUCUACUACAGGAGUUGUGAUGUUGAAUAAAAGUUGAAGGUGCAUCAGA